ACACUUUUGGCUCCCUAGCAGGAACAGGCAGGAUUAACUCGACUCUUUUUGUUUGAUAAUUAUUCAUAGUCAUAUGUUUUGAUGGGUGAUUCAUUUUCAUCGAAAGCGUGAUCUCCUCGUUUUUUAUGAACACGUAUUUCUCUUUCUAAGCGCUGUUUGCAUCACCUGCUAGCAGAUAUCCUACAAGCUAACUAGCUAACCGGAAAGUCAGGUAGCCUGGGAGAGAGAGGGGGGGUGGGCUCCAUGGUUCUGGCUGUUCUCCGGUUCAUUCAUCACACUGUCAGUUUGUGUAGCUGUUGAUCUCUGGUUGAAUUUAAAACAUCUGACGGAUGCUCGAGUAUUUCACGGCGAAUUAAACUAAUGUUUCAUUCAAACCAUCUCAGACGGCUACCGUUACUGUAGGCUGGGCUAGCUUAGUUGUAUUCAGUGAGUACAGGUAACCUCAGCUCUGGUUCACCGGGUGCUACCGGGACAUGGCCAGCAGCUCCGCACCCGGCUUCGCUUUCCAGGCUAAUGGAGGCGAAAACCCGAGUCAGGCAUCGGACACUGGAGGCUCAUCUCGUUACCGCUCUGAUUCGGAAUCCGAAAUAUAUCCGACGGCGAAGAGCUUAUCUCGGCUAUGCAGCAGGGAUAGAGAUGAGAGGGCCGCGGCCCUGGAGGAGCUGAGCCAGAAGGUUCUGGUCUGUUUAGGACUGGAUCGACCCGGUUCUGCUCGGCUGAGUAAACAAACGCUUCUUCAUCUGCUUCGGCUCUCUAGAUCUUGCCCGCUUCAGGAGGUUCGUAUGAGAGCAAGCGAGCUUCUUUGCACCGCACAGGAAGAAGGCAUUGAAGUACCUCGAGCCUUGGCCUCUGGUCCCAGUGCUUUCAUUCCUGCAAAAGAGAUGUUUAUAGAGGGGCCAAACCAGGACAUGCUCAUUGAGUCGUUUCUUGCACUGGGUCGGGUGGACCAUCUCGCCAUGGUCAUGGCCCUCCACCCGUCCUAUCUUAGCUGCUUCCUCAGGACCCAGCAUGCUUUGUUUGAACUGGACGGUCCUUUGCCACGUGACUGGAGACAUUACAUUUCCAUAAUGGCUGCAGCCCGGCACCACUGUUCAUACAUGGUGCAGCAGCAUAGCAUGGCUUUCCUGGAAGCUGGAGGGGAGGAGAGCUGGCUCAGCGGCCUCGAGCACGCCCCCACUAAACUCCGCGGCCUCCAAACCCUCAACAAGCUGCUGGCACACCGACCCUGGCUCAUCACGCAACAGCAUAUCCAGGAGUUGGUGUGCGCCGGAGCAGAGCCGCGCUGGUCGCUCGCUGAGCUGAUCCACGCUGUCAUCCUGAUGGCUCACACUCACUCUCUCUGCUCCUUUGUGUGGGGUUGCGGAUUAAACCCAGAACCGGACCACAUUGGGGGUCACACCUUCUGCCCUCCGUCGCCCAGUCACAUUCCUCACAGCCCGGCUCAUGAGGACGGCAGGCAGGAGCUGGCGGAUGGAGCGGUGGAGGUGGAGGUACUGAUGAAGAGAAUGGUGGAGCUCCAGCAGCAGGAGGAGGAGUGCACACAGGAGGAGAUGGUUACUCGAUUUGAAAGGGAGAGGAGCGAGAGCAUACCGACAGCGGUGGUGAGGGGAGCUCCACCUGAGCUGGUGCUGAAUCUAGUCGAGGAACCUGAGUUCAGAUAUGAGGACUUUGCCCCCAGAGGAGAGCAGUCACCACCCAUCAUGAGAGCACAGGACUAUUCGUGGGAGGACCACGGCUUCUCUCUGGUCCAGAGGCUGCUCCCAGACAUGGGCCAGUUCCUGGAUGAGGAAUUCCAGGUUGUGAGCAACUUGACCUAUCACAGGAUGGCGAUGCAUGAAGGUGUCGACACAUAUACUCUGAGGAAAGCUCUGUGGAACUACAUCCACUGCCUCUACGGCAUACGUUACGAUGAUUACGACUACGGCAGUGUGAAUGUGUUACUAGAGCGCUCGCUGAAGGUUUUUGUCAAAACCGUGGCCUGCCACCCUGAGCAGACCACCGCACACAUUUACCAUGACUUCUGGAGGCACUUCAGACACUCCGAAAAGGUUCACGCCAACCUAAUAGUGAUGGAAGCUCGACUACAGGCUGCCCUGCUCUAUACUUUACGAGCCAUUACGUACUACAUGAGAUGACUCCUUUGCACACCGUCUUGCAGAUGCUGAGCCAGCUGUGAUGGAUAAAUUAUACUCAUACACUACGAUGAAUGUUUGUGAAUUCAUGUCGUAUCUUUCAGUGUUAAGUUUAUUUUGUUUGAUGCUGCUUUGCCACGUGGAUGCAUUUAAAUGUUACCUCUUUUGCACUGAAUACAUCAGGAUUUAAAUCCCCUAUGGAGCCUUGAGCGUUCUGAUUCUUCUUGCACAUGAUUUUUAAGAUUAGAUACUGCAUACCUGGUAAUGCCAGGUCAGUUUGUUAUCAAGUCCGGUUGGUAAAUCAUUGUUUGUCUGCAGUACUACAAGGCUGGCUAACCUGCAACAAGAGUAUCUUGUAUUUUUUUAAGCAAUAAAAUUUACUUUGUACAUAA